AAAAAAAAAAAAAACGGCUAAUCCUAAUUCAUGUUUGUCAAACUUUGCAGCACGUGACAAUUUUAGAUUAUUUAGAUUUUGCCAUUUUUUUUUUUUGAAAAGCAUAAAAAUGUCAAUUCAACGUCGUAAGAAACAUAAUAGAUCUAAUGAACGUCGUAAGCUUAAACGCGAAGAAGCAUUAAAAGAGUUGGAGGUUUUGGAAAAGAAUUGCCAAAAUCUGCCAUUAAAUUUAGAAUAUGAAAGUUUUAAGGAAUUGCCUUUAUCACUUUUGACCCAACAGGGUCUACAGCAAUCCAAUUACAUUGAAAUGACGAAAAUUCAACGUAAAGCUAUACCUCUUGCUUUACGUGGUCGUGAUGUUUUGGGUGCCGCUAAAACUGGAAGUGGCAAGACGUUAGCUUUUCUUAUUCCAGUAAUUGAAUCAUUAUACAGGAAAAGUUGGACACAGUUGGAUGGAUUAGGUGCUUUAGUUAUAGCACCAACGAGAGAAUUGGCUAUUCAAAUUUUCGAGGUUCUCCGUAAAAUAGGAAGAAAGCAUUCUUUGUCAGCUGGUCUUGUGAUAGGUGGUAAAAACGUAGACGUAGAACAGGAACGUAUAAAUAGAAUGAACAUUCUUAUUUGUACUCCUGGACGUUUGUUACAACAUAUGGACCAAACUGCAAACUUUAAAUGUGAUAACAUUCAAGUAUUAGUUCUUGAUGAGGCGGAUCGUAUACUUGAUUUGGGGUUUGAAAAGACUAUAAAUGCCAUAAUUGAAAAUUUGCCAAAAGAACGUCAGACUUUGAUGUUUUCUGCUACUCAAACAAAGUCUGUUAAAGAUUUGGCACGAUUAAGUCUUGAGGAUCCCGAGUAUGUUUCUAUAAUUGAAGAUUCGGAACAUAGCACACCGAUUAGUUUAUCACAGCAUUAUUUAGUUUGCGAGUUACCGCAGAAACUGGAUAUUUUAUUUUCAUUUAUUAAGUCGCAUUUACAAGCGAAGGUUCUUGUAUUCUUAUCCAGCUGCAAACAGGUUCGAUUUGUAUUUGAAACUUUCUGUAAAUUACAUCCAGGAGCUCCGUUACUUCACUUGCAUGGCAAGCAAAAGCAAACCAAACGAUUAGAAAUUUUUAAUAAAUUUUCUUCUAUGAAACAUGCUUAUCUGUUUGCUACUGAUAUUGCAGCGAGAGGUUUAGAUUUUCCUGCUGUUGAUUGGGUAGUGCAGGUAGAUGCUCCAGAAAAUGCAGAGACAUAUAUUCAUAGAGUUGGACGAACGGCAAGAUAUGAUGCUUCAGGUCAUGCUCUAUUAUUUUUAUUAACAAGCGAAGAACAAGGGAUGAAAGCAGCUUUGGAUAAAAAAAAAGUGCCAAUUGAUAAAAUUAAAGUAAAAUCCAGUAAGACAAUCAGCAUCCAAAAACAAUUGCAAUCAUUAUGUUUUAAGGAUCCUGAAAUUAAAUAUCUCGGACAAAAAGCAUUUGUAUCAUAUAUACGAUCGAUAUAUCUUCAAAGUGAUAAAUCUAUAUUUAAAGUAGAUGAAUUACCUAUAGAGGAAUUCGCUGCUACUCUUGGAUUACCUGGUACUCCUAAAAUUAAAUUCGUUAAGAAGGCACAAUCUAAAAAUGCCACUCGUCAGAAACCAAAAAAAGUUCCUGGAUACUCAUCAUCUGAUGAAGAUGAAGGGAAUUCUGUUAAGAUUCUUGAAAUGAAUAGUAACACUUUACCUAAUUUAGAUGUACAAGAAAAAAAGAGAAAGGAAGCUAACCCGAAAUCUAAGCUGGAUAAAAUGUUCAAUCGUAAAAAUAUGUCUGUCCUUACAGAUCAUUAUAAAAAAUUGGUCGAUCAAGAAGCAGACAAUAUUACGAGCGAAGAAGAGUUGAUUACCCUUAAACGUGCUAACCACGAAUUAUCAGAUGAACUUAAACAACCGGGCCGUGAUCCGUUAUCAAAACGUAAGCUCAUGAAAGCUACGUCAAAAAAAUUUAUUAUUAAGAAUGCGCCUAGAGGAAAAAGAUUAAUAUUCGACGAUGAUGGAAAUCCUCACCAAGUAUAUGAAUUUCAAGAUGAAAAAGCUUUUCGUUCUGCAGGAGAUAUAGCGUCUCAAAAGAAAGAAUUUAUAGAGAAAGAAUUUGAAGUCAUGAAGAAAGAAGAUAUUACAGAUAAAAUUAUUGCAAGAGAUAAGAGGCAAGAGAAAAAAAUUAAGAAGAAGGUUAAAUUAAAAGAAGAAUUGGAGGAAAAUAUGAAAUCUGUAGUUACCUUAUCAACAACUUUACCUAUGUAUAAAGAAUUUCAUGAAGAUGAACUAAAUAAAAAUGCUGAAAGAGACUUUGAGGAAUCAUCAGAUGAAGAGUACGAGAGAUUAAGUAAUAAGAGACAGGCUGCUUCUCUGCCAGAUCACACUGAUUUAAAUGGUGGCGAGGCUCUAAUUAAUAAGAAACGAAAACUACUGGAAAUUGAAGAACCAAAAACUUUAGAGGAUCAAGAAGCAUUAGCAUUAAAAUUAUUGAAUCGUUUAUAAUACAUUAAAAUAUAAAUUUUGCUUUUUUAUUUAAAUAAUAUUCAUCAAUCGACCAGCAACUUUUCUACAAUAUUACAAUAUUUCAAUAUACAUUUCAAUUAAAAAUUGUCGGAAUUAUCUAGGUAUCUCUUGGAUGGUUUUACCACCACCAUAAAAAUUUAAGAUCUUUGCUUAAUAGUGUAUUAUGUACUAACUAAUUACCUAAUAUUAUUCAUAAACAUUCACUCGAGCAAUAAAUAAGUAAAUGAAUUUAGACCCUUAUUU